AAUUAGGACAUACUGUACAUCUUUUUUUUCCCCCUCAACCAGAAACUUCACAUUAUGGGCUUGCAUGAACCAGCCUUUUAUCUUUUUUUCAGAUUGGAAAUAAUGAAUUUAAAAGCAGAUGCAACAUUCAAGGGUAAAACUUUUUUCCCCACUGUAUUUUAUGAUUUAAAAUUCAACCUGAAAAAAAUAUUUUAUCCACAAUCCAUAAUGGGUAAGCAUUAGGAAACAAAUCAUCUCUUUUUGUUAAAUGAGACUAAAAUAGCAGGGAGAGUGAAUCCUUUAGAUGAUAUUAACUCUGUCAAGUUUUCACAGUUUCAUCAUAUUUUUUGCUGUUAUUGCUAUUAUAUUCCUCCAUAGACAUGCAAACUUUCCAUAUCUCUUUCAAGAAAAGAAAAAGAAUAACACAUCAGCUUCCCACCAUCACAAGGGGAAAAAAAAGCAUAAUUCGUGAUGUUUAUGUUCAGUUUUUUGGGGAAAAUCCUGGAAUGAUAUCAUAGUGCAGUUUAAAAUAUAUUGGUUAUUUAUAACACUCUGAAAAGAGUUGAGAUAAAACAAUGGGGCAACACUUCACCCUAUUUCAGGGAUUUUAAAAAAAUGUGAAAGGAAAUUAAUUCUUCUUUCUUAAAUGGCAGGUCAUAUGGUGUGAUUAUCACUCUCCCCAAAAGAAGAAAUUUCAAUUUUUCUAUGGUGCUCUCUUAAACUUUUAAAGACAUUUUAGGGGCAUAUUGCCUAUUGUUCGUCAAUUUAUAUUUCUGCUUUUAACAAUGCUGAUGGUGUUUUAAUUACAUCAUUGGGAGUUUAUUUGUUUUUUUCUCCCUUAGCUGGCAGACAAGGAGUUCUGGAUAUAAUUAAUUAGCCAAUAAACUGAAUGGGCUACAAACAGCCAUAUGUUUUGCAGUUUUAUUUUAUCAUUCAUUUGUCUCUUUAUCACUCUUUAUCACACUUAUGAACUGUUGGCUUCAUAAGGUAUGCAGCAAAAAGGGCUAUUUUUUGAUUCAUUCUUUACUAAUAUGCCAACUAAUUUUUUCCAAGGAAACAGAGGCCUUAAAUAUGCAAAGUACUUGAGGGUUUUCCCAUAAGGGCUUUGAGAAAUGCACAAUGAUGUAACAUUUUGCUUUCCAUAUUAAUCUAUGUUUUGCUCCCCAUCCAGUUCAUACUAGUUUGUUUUCAAAAUACACAUCUGUUGGCUACAUAUCUAUCUUCUCCUUAAUAAAACCAACAUACUUGGAUAGUAAUAGUAAUACUAUCCAAGUAUUACUAUUUUAUCCUUUUAAGUUAAAUUUUAUCAUAUCUAAAUAAACAACAUUUCUUAUAGGUAGUACAUUCUUUUACAUCAAAAAAUAAAAACAAAAGGCCCAGAAGAAAUUAAAACAGAAACAAACUAAAGAAAACAAAAAGCAGAUUGGUUCAUAUUUUUAUACAUUAAAGUAGUUAUUUAUUCUGAAUAAGAUAAGAGGAAGGAGUUUUUCACCAUGAAAUACUUCAACAGAGAAUAUCAAGCAGCAACAGAAUGGACAUGGUUUUCCUAGUUGCCAUGAUGCUGAGGAAUCAGACAAAGAUAGAUGAAUUCAUUCUGCUUGGAUUUCAUGAAUUUUGUGAAUUUCGAAGAUUUCUUUUUCUGAGUUUUCUACUAAUUUACAUUGUAACCAUGACUGGAAACUUUCUCAUUGUUAUGCUAGUCAUCUUUGAUGAGCAUCUUAAAGUGCCAAUGUAUUUCUUCUUAGGAAGCCUUUCUUUCCUUGAAAUUUAUUAUAGUUCCAAUAUAUUCCCAAGGAUGCUUUCAGCUCUCCUAACUGGUGAUGGAACCAUUUCUUUCAGCAACUGUUUUAUGCAGUGGUACCUCUGUAGUUCUUUGGUAGCUACAGAAUGCUGUUUACUAUGUGUGAUGUCUUACGACAGAUAUCUAGCAAUUUGUAAACCACUGCAUUAUUUGACAACCAUGAAUUCUCAGACUUGUAUUUAUUUAACAGCUUCAUCUUGGAUCAAUGGAUUUGCUAUAUUUUCAAUUUUGCUCAUUUUGAUGUUACAGCAAUUAACGUUUUGCAGAUCUAAUGAAAUAAAACAUUAUUUCUGUGACUAUUUUGCCCUUCUAAGCAUUUCCUGUAGUGCAACUUGGGUAUUGGAAAUUAUGAGUUAUGUUGUAGCUGCCAUCUUCAUACUUCCUCCUUUUCUCUUAACUCUCUUAUCCUAUGUUUAUAUUAUAGAUGCUAUCUUAAAAAUCCCCUCUGUCACUGGAAGGCAGAAAGCCUUUUCCACCUGUUCUUCUCAUCUGGUUGUGGUUUCUAUUUUCUAUGGAUCUCUCAUGAUUGCUUACAUGCUGCCACGAACAGAAAAAGCAGAUGUGCCAAAAUUUUCUUCUUUUUUAUACAUAGUACUGCCUCCACUAGCAAACCCAUUUAUAUACAGUCUAAGAAAUAAGGAAGUCAAAGAGGCCCUAAGAAAUAAUAUUGGUAGACUGAUACUAUACAAACCAACUUCUCCGUUUAGGGUAUAAAAUUGUGAAAGGGAAAAGUUUGAUAGUAUUUCAAGAUUUUUUUUUAAAAAAAUAUUGAUUUAUACAUUAAAAAUAUGUUUUUGAACUCCAGCAGGCCUAUUUGUAUAAGAAGA